CGCUUUUUCACGAACACAGCCCAUAUUCUUACGACCGACACGGCAUGCGUGGAGCGGACGGACUCGCCGGGACAUCAAUGCGGUAAUCAUCAUGGAAGCCAUCCUGUUCUACGGUGACGGCGGCCAUCGCGACGAGGCCACUCGCCGACAGGUGCGCUCCGUGGCCGCGCAGUACAGCCAUCGCAUAGGACCCCGCAAACGCAAAGCAGCAGUCAAACCACCUACCAAGGCCGAAGAGCAACAGGCGCAGCAGUUACAGCAGCAGCAGCAGCAGGACGACAAAUACAAGAAGAUCGCAUCGGUACCGCCGGCUGCUGGCGAUGCUUCUGGCAGCAGGGUCGGUGCUGCAGGGCCGUCGCAACCACCUACAUACUAUCCCAAUCACCCUCCACCACAACCUCUGGCUUUCGUCGCACAACAUCCUUCACAUGACGCAGCACCACCGGACUCAGGACCGCCGGGCGUGGCAGGCGCAAGACCUCUUCCUAACGUGAGAUGGCAACCGCACUGGCAACCUGCGCCGUAUGCGCCUGGAGGUCCAGAAGGCUUGGAGCGUCCGGUCAGUGAAGGCCAUCCACAGCGGCACAACGGAACCUACCCACCACAAUACCCUCAUCCACCGCAGUACCAUCCGCAACACGAUCCUUACCAACAACACCAUCAACAACAACAUCACUACCAGUACCCGCAACCGCAACCACAACCACAAUCACAAGAACAGCAGAGACCUGAGUCAAGUCGAGCGCUUCACACGCCACAAGCCGCUCCAGCUUCUUACUUCGACUACAACGCACCCCGACCACAAAGUCAAUCAACGACUUCGUCCUCCGCCAUCCGACUGCCCGAGUACUCAUGGACCGAAUACCCACGCUACAGCCCACACUCCGAGUCCUUCGGCUCCAUGACACCAAGUCCAGAGCGACCCAAACCGAACGACCGCCGUUCCGCCGACUUCCCACGUCCAUCUCUCCCCAUGCCGAUUCUCACGCGCCCCGAACCACCGCGCACGACGCCAAUCAGUGGUGAACCGCCGCCACCGUCGCCUACAGCAGCCGAAGGACUCGAUGUCUUCCUGACAGGACGAAAGAGGCCGACUUCACGUCCCGAGCAACGAGGAACAGGCAAGGAGCGGGAAGUGGAGAAUACGUUGACGCCGUUGGGACAAGCGCCGCAGGGCGAUAUGAGGAUGCAAGUGAGCAGGAUGGCUUCGAGCGCGGAACUUCCGCCGCUUGCGAUGCCGCCGAGGGAUGUGCGGCAGGACAGUAGUCUUGCGAGGACACCGGGUUGA